UUCAGUGAUAUGAUAUCUACACUACAUAAUAACUACCCGGUAGGGAGAUAUAAUAAGUCUGAGGGUGCUAUUAAGUUUCUCAGGAAAGACCCAUCUUUGCAGACGCAAUUGCAGAACAGAAGACAGACCGAGGGAGAAUUUUAGCAACCCCCCUCCCCCCAUCUUAUUGGCCCUCUGUACAAGCCAAACCACAACCAUCCUGCGAAAGGACCAGAUUCCUUUCAGCAUUGGCAGCCGCGGACAGCUCCCCAGCCGCGCGUUCCUUUCCUCUGCAGUGAGCUGACUUGCUCAUCAGCAGCGGUCGGUGCAGCACCCAACGCCGAGUCCUAGCCAGCGCUCCCAGAACACGUGCUCCCUCCCGCCUGCCUCUCCGUCCUCCGCCCCUCGCUCACUCCGACCCACUCCAGCGGCGAUUUUUCAGGGAUUCCCUCUCGGGCAGCCUCCGCAGCAGCACAUCUGGCCUCCUUCGCGGCACGGCGAGCAUGGAUCUCCGACGAAGAGCGAUCCCCAGCGCCGACAGACUUCGAGUUUUCCUGAUGCUGUUCUAUACAAUGGCUCACAUUAUGGCAGAACAGGAAGUGGAAAAUCUCUCAGGCCUUUCCGCUAACCCUGAAAAAGAUAUAUUUGUGGUGCGGGAAAAUGGGACGACGUGUCUCAUGGCAGAGUUUGAAGCCAGAUUUAUUGUGCCUUACGAUGUGUGGGACAGCAAUUACGUCGAUCUGAUCACAGAACAGGCUGAUAUCGCGUUGACCCGGGGAGCUGAGGUGAAUGGCCGCUGUGGCCACAACGAGUCGGAGCUGCAGGUGUUCUGGGUGGAUCGCGCGUACGCGCUCAAAAUGCUCUUUGUAAAGGAAAGCCACAACACGUCCAAAGGACCCGAGGCGACGUGGAGGCUGAGCAAGGUGCAGUUUGUCUAUGACUCCUCGGAGAAGACCCACUUUAAAGAUUCAGUCAGUGCUGGGAAGCACACGGUCAACUCGCAUCACCUCUCUGCCUUGGUUACCCCAGCUGGGAAGUCCUACAAGUGUCAAGCUCAGCAGUUCAUUUCACUGGCCUCCAGCGAUCCGCAGAAGACAGUCACAAUGAUCUUGUCAGAAGUCCACAUCCAGCCCUUUGACAUCAUCUCAGAUUUCAUCUUCAGUGAAGAUCAUAAAUGCCCAGUGGAUGAGCAGGAACAAUUGGAAGAAAACUUGCCCUUAAUUUUGGGGCUCACCUUGGGCCUCAUCAUUGUGACAUUGCUUGCAAUUUACCAUGUCCACCACAAAAUGACUGCCAACCAGGUGCAGAUCCCUAAGGACCGAUCUGAAUAUAAGCACAUGGGCUAGGAGCCAUUAGGCAGGCAGUCCUGAAGCCCUCUCCCCUAACUGGAUCAGGCAGAAAAACAAAAGCACUUUUCCACCUCGUGCAUGGGCUACACCAACAUAGCUACAAUCAAACAGGCCUGGGUAUCCAAGGCUUGCUUGGCCUGCGUCCAUGCUUAAACCCAGGGAUGGGGGGAUGCUUUUGGAUUCAUGGGGUUAAUGGCAGUCGUCCUCUCCAGGUGGGAGUUAGCCAGCUUUCAUGCUCAUGGUGGCUUGGUUUUGACUCUCCAAAGAGCAACAAACCCCACUUGGAGGGGUAUCUGGCCCCAAAGUUUAGGGAUUGAAAACAUACUUCUUUUGGGAGGAAUCCCCUUCAGGUUCAGAGGACUAGGGGGUGCUCUGCUGCCUUGGACAUAGCUGGCUUACCCUAUGCAGCUGUCAAUGCACUCAAAAUACAACCUCAUGCUCCCUACAGCAAGACCACUGAACGUGACUCAUGCUUCUGGCUGGCAUUCUGCAUGUCUAGUGAUUGUCUUGGGAAUGUCUCACUGCUACCCGCACCCAGUGACUUUGCAGCACAAGGACCUGUUUCGUGUAACUAUGCAGAGUGGUUUGGACUGCAUAAUGUGUCAGGUCCAAGUAAAGUCCUGAAGAAUCAAUCCAUGUGAGUUUGUUUUUCAAAAUGAAUUAAAAUGCACUGCUCUCUGACGUUUGGCUGCUUUCUUGAAACAAGAAAACAAAACUAAAAAUUUUUUUUAGCAUCCAGAGGAGAAAGGGGGGAAGGAGGAAGAUGGACUUUUCAUUUUUGUAAGAGGAAAAACAAAGAAGGGGCAGAGAAGCAAUGAGGGAGAAAGUUGGCUUUUCCAGGUGAAAAAGCAUGGUUUUAUUUUGUCAAAUAUGAUUAUUUUUAAUAAUGGCACGUCUUGAACAAUUGGUCCAAUAUUGCUUCUGAUGCUUCUUGGUUUUGAGUUUGCAUUUCACUUUGGAUUAAAAAGCUGGACUGGA